AUGCUGUGCUAUAAACAGGCUGUCCAUGAGCUCACGCAGUGGGUGGCACUGACGAGAAUUUGCUAUGGGGACUCGCACUGGAAGCUCACAGAGGUGCACAUCAACCAGGCUCAAGGGUACCUCCAGCUGAAAGGGCUGUCUCUGCAAGCAAAACAACAUGCAGAAAAGGCCAGAGACAUCCUCGUCCACGCCAUUGUGCCUCCCUACAAUGACGACACGGACGUUUUCAGGUGUUCUGUGGAGCUUUUCCAUACCCUGGGGAGAGCCUCACUCUCCCUUCAGCAAUUUAAGGAAGCAUCUGGGAACUUGGUAAAAGUGAAGAGUCUUUCCAAGGAGCUGCUCCAGUGUGGGAGGAUCAUCCAGGAAGAAUGGCCGGAAGUCCAGGUGCGGACCCAGCUGUCGUUUGCACAAGUGUAUCAAGGCCAGAAGAAAUCAAAAGAAGCUUUGCCCCACUAUCAAGAGGCUUUGGAAUGUGUCCAGACCAGCAAACGGGACAAGAGUCGGGAGUGCGUGCCGGUUUUAAGGGAACUAGCAGGUGUGGAGCAAGCCCUGGGGUCCCACGACACAGCCAUCGGCCAUCUCUUACAGACCUUCCAGAAACAGAACUGGAAAAAGCAGAGAACUUCCGAGAAGCUGAGGACCCAGAAGGGGAAGAAGGAAUCUGACUUGAGGAGCCUACCGCAGGGCACAGAUACCCAGGAGGUCAGGCUCCCUGCUCCCAUUGCAAAGCCUAAUGUGGCCGAGCAGUAUUUCCAGGAGAGCGUGACUCCCCUGCAGGACUGCGAGGGGGGGGGAAGAGCCCAAUUUCUUUCAAUUCAGGAUGAAUUUUGCCAUUUUCUGCAAAUCCCAGGACAAAAAGAGAUAGCAACCACAGUCCUGAGGGAGUCCUUGGAAGCCAAAGUGGGUGCAUUUGGCGACUUUAGUCCCGAGGUGGCAGAGGCAUACCGACUCCUGGGUGGGACCCUGGCACAGGGGAACCACAGCGGGGCCCACAGAAAACUGAAGAAG